AUGAACAUCACUCGUGGAGAAUAUGGCAACUUUGUCACACAACCAAUGAGUAGUGUUGGAGGCUCUCAAGGAGCAAGUCAGACGCAGGCGCCUGAUUACUCGUGUGGAGGUUUGAACGAACGUCCGGUGAGAGCCCCUGAGAGAUCCUACCAGCCCGAUGGCUAUCAACCGGAGGAUCAAAUGAGCUAUCCUGCUCCGGAGCAGAGUGCACCUGAAUAUUCAGGGAUUCCUUCCUACGGAUACGCCAAGCAACUCUAUCGUUCUCGUUUUCUUGGCCAGCCUUCCAGAUUACAGUUACCUUCUAACCGUCAAAAUAAAAACAGAAGUGUCAACAACUUUUUGGAUCCCAGUCCCUACGAAUUGCAGGUCUCCAGCGAGAGCUCCCGUGUAGAGAGCGAAAGUCUGAGGGCGACAUCACACGACAUUCGCACAGAUCCUAGCCCUUACGAGCUACAAGCUUCACUCAGUAACAGCGACAGCGUCGGUUCAACGAGUGGGGAUCAGGAGGGCAAUCAGGACAACACUGGCAACAAGGGACGUCCUCGCCGCCGUGCCCGUCGCGGGAACAUGAACGUAAUGGAUCGUCUCCCUCGUCCCGCAGCGCCGUUUGUUCCGAUCCCCGAGCAUGAUGAAUACCCUGAAUACCCUGCGCACCCUCCGUACAUCUAG